CUACGGCUCUAGGGUUUCCACGUCCACAGAUUUCAUCCAUUGAUAUUGCCUGUGAUUCGUGAAGGCGGUGGUGAUUUGUGCUCCGAUUUCCUUCGUCCCUGGAGCAAUCACAAGCGUUGGAAAAUAAUUAAUUCGAGCGCGCGAUCGGGAUUUUGGCUUCCAACGAUGAGCGGAGACAGAAACCCGCUGGCUGGCGGGAACCCGGCUAGUGUCGAUACGUUGCCGGGACACCAUGUCCACCACAUGUCGGCCGAUCAUCAUGCGCUGCCUGUCGUGGCCCUUCCGCCCAACGUAGGCGAUGCCCACGCAAUUGGCGGCGGCGGCAACGGAGAGUUGAUUGCCGCCGCCGAUGCGCAGGCCUGGCAGCAGUACAAGGAAGCGAACUGCAGCAGCAGCAAUAACGGGAUGGAAGAGGACGGCGUAGGAGUCUUGGAGAGCGACUAUAUGGAGGCAGAAGAACCUCUUGCUGCGGUACCAGCACAGGUAGGCUGGAAUCGGCUUACGCUCUCGUUUGAGGACGCUGUCUACGUCUUUGAUUCUGUUUCUGCCGACCAGGUUCAAUCCAUACUUUUGUUACUGGGAGGCCGUGAGACACAAUCUGGAUCAAGUCCUUUUCCGUCAUCUUCUACUCAAAUUCAACAGCCUGGAGAUAUUCCUCAUAGAAUUGCAUCCUUGAUGAGGUUUAGAGAAAAGCGGAAAGAUAGGAAUUUUGAUAAGAAAAUACGAUAUGCUGUUCGCAAGGAAGUUGCAUCAAGGAUGCAACGGAACAAGGGUCAAUUUGCAUCAUCAAAAUCAAAGACUACUGGAUCCACGAGUGAUAGUACUGCUGCCGACCAAGAUUCUGGUUCACCGGAGAAUAAGAUUGUAGGGGCAUCUGCAUGUUAUAACUGCGGCGCUAGCGCACAGUCUACACCGAUGAUGCGCCGUGGGCCUGAUGGACAAAGGACCUUGUGCAAUCCAUGCGGAAUUGUGUGGGCAAAGACGGGCAAAAUGAGGGAUCUCUCAAAAAUCAGGGCUAAAUCAACAAUGUAAGCUUUGCCAGAACCAAAAGAAGGGACAAUAACUUACAAUAUCACUGGCUGAAUUGCGACCAUUGACUUCGGCAUCCCUUUUUGACAUUGCAGUCAAUCAGCAGAAUCACACUGUUACCUGAAUCAGCUCAUUUCCAUUUUUUCCCUUUGUCUCUGGAACUGUAUUCUGCAGUCAUAUUCACUGAUCAAGAACUUGUGAUACAUCGAGCAGAUGAGAUAUUUCGCGCAAAAAGGGGCAAUGUUAUUCAAACAUGUAUCUUCUACUUUUAGUCAAAUGUGAUUAGUUUUCUAUCUUCCUGUUUUGAUUAGCUGCAACCUCAUUUUGUGUAAAUAUUUCUUCCCAAGGAUCUUCGCCUAAAUUCAAUUUCUGUUCAUGUAA